ACGCCGUUUGUGGGCUUCUCGUGGGCCUCCCGACGUGCGGCGUUCUUCUCUUCUCUCUUCCCUCUCUCUCGGCCUUCUUUCCAAGCAGCAACGACUGGGGAGAGGCGCCGCCGCCCUGCGAGCUCUUCCUCGGGCGCUCCGCCGGCGACAAGAUUAGUGGGCAAACUGUAAGCUUCAUGUCCUUAUCUGGGAUGACCGUUGCGUUUAAAGCAAGUUGUAGUUCUAUUACACAGCAACAGUGGUGGCAUCCAACUAGGGACCAACGUCAAUAUGGUUUCACCUCCUUAGGCGAGCGAAAGUUCAGAAAAAGACCUGUGCUGCUGCCUGUUAAAGCUAUUUCUGGGAAGUUAGACCUAGAUUUCAGUGAUCCUUCUUGGAAGCAAAAGUAUCAGGAAGACUGGGAUAGGCGUUUUAGUUUGCCACACAUUACUGAUAUAUAUGAUUUGGAGCCCAGGACCACUACAUUCUCUCUGAAGAAAAACAGAACUCCCCUGGGUGAUGGUGAUGUCUCGUCAACUGAUAUGCGGAAUGGUUAUGUAAAUAAGGAUGAUCGAGCACUUUUAAAGGUGAUAAAGUAUGCGUCUCCUAAUUCUGCUGGAGCUGAGUGCAUUGAUCCUGAUUGUAGCUGGGUGGAACACUGGUAUGAUCUCAUGCAGCACAUUGGCCCUCGUAAGGAGAUAUACUAUGAACCUGAAGAAGUAAAGGCUGCCAUUGUUACCUGUGGAGGGCUCUGCCCUGGGUUAAAUGAUGUCAUUAGACAGAUAGUAUUUACCUUGGAGACCUAUGGGGUGAAGAAUAUUGUUGGAAUCCCAUUUGGUUAUCGUGGAUUUUUUGAGAAAGGCUUAAAAGAAAUGCCGCUUUCACGUGAUGUGGUGGAAAACAUAAAUCUUUCUGGAGGAAGUUUCCUAGGUGUCUCUCGUGGAGGAGCUAAAACUAGUGAGAUUGUAGAUAGUAUACAGGCCAGAAGAAUUGAUAUGCUCUUUGUAAUUGGUGGAAAUGGUAGCCAUGCAGGAGCUAAUGCUAUUCAUGAGGAGUGUCGUAAGAGGAAACUGAAAGUUUCAGUUGUAGCUGUUCCAAAGACAAUCGAUAAUGAUAUACUUUUUAUGGAUAAGACAUUUGGUUUUGAUACGGCUGUGGAAGAAGCCCAGCGUGCUAUCAAUUCUGCCUAUAUAGAGGCGCGUAGUGCGUACCAUGGAAUUGGGUUAGUCAAACUAAUGGGAAGAAGCAGUGGGUUCAUAGCCAUGCAUGCUUCUCUUUCCAGUGGACAGAUUGAUGUUUGCCUAAUCCCCGAGGUAUCUUUCACACUUGACGGAGAACAUGGUGUCUUGCAACACCUUGAGCAUUUACUUAAUACAAAGGGAUUUUGCAUGAUAUGUGUCGCUGAAGGUGCGGGGCAGGAUUUACUGCAAAAAUCAAAUGCAACUGAUGCUUCAGGAAAUGUGAUACUUAGUGACUUUGGUGUCCACAUGCAACAGAAGAUCAAGAAGCAUUUCAAGGACAUCGGUGUUCCAGCUGAUCUAAAAUACAUUGAUCCAACAUAUAUGGUUCGGGCCUGCCGGGCAAAUGCAUCUGAUGCUAUUCUCUGCACCGUGCUUGGGCAAAAUGCUGUACAUGGAGCCUUUGCCGGGUUCAGUGGCAUCACAUCAGGUGUUUGCAAUACACACUACGUCUACCUUCCCAUUCCAGAGGUCAUCACCACGCCAAAGCAUGUAAACCCCAAUAGUAGGAUGUGGCACCGCUGCCUGACAUCUACGGGCCAGCCUGACUUCCACUGACUCUACCUUGCCAUCACCACAGCGCAAGGUACCAGGAGAAUUGUCCAUCAUGUAUUGCUAACGGGAAACGAGAAUAAAUCCCUUGUGGCACCUAAUUUUCUUCCCGGAAACUAGAAUAAAUCCUUCUGGCACCAAAGUUUGCGUGUGAAGUUGGAGGAGGUCGUAGUAAACUUUCCAGAGUCGCCCCUUGAUCAUUCUGACCUAGAAAACAUACUCUUUCUCUUGAUUUGCCCCAGAAGGGAAAAUUUUGUAAAAUGCUAUCUAUCACUGCAAACGAUUCGACCAUAAAUCCCAUCACGAAGAACUUUGGAGACUACGAAAUCCA